GGUAUCGUGGAUAGUGACGACUUACCGCUGAACGUGUCCCGCGAGACGCUACAGCAGCACAAACUGAUCAAGAUCAUCAAGAAGAAGCUCGUCCGCAAAGUGCUCGAUAUGCUCAAGAAGAUUCCUGACGACGAGUACUUGGCCUUCUGGAAGGAGUACUCCACCAACAUCAAGCUGGGCGUGAUCGAGGACCCGUCGAACCGCUCGCGCUGGCCAAGCUGCUGCGCUUCUACUCGUCGCACGGGUCCGACAUGA